CCCAGCUGGGGAGGGCUUUUGGGGAGAAAAAAAAAAAGAAAAGGGUGAGGCAGGAGCUGGAGCCUGGUGCUGGGAGGCAGAGCUCGGCUCGUCCAUCGACCCCUUUCCAACCCGGAGGGAAUCCCGGCAGCCUACCCAUGAGCUCGGAUUUCCAGCAUUACAGUUUCAGGAUGCCGAACAUCGGGUUCCAGAACCUGCCUCUCAACAUCUACAUCGUGGUUUUCGGCACGGCCAUCUUCGUCUUCAUCCUCAGUUUACUCUUCUGCUGCUACCUGAUCAGGCUCAGACAUCAAGCACACAAAGAGCUUUACGCCUACAAGCAGGUUAUCCUCAAGGAGAAGGUGAAAGAGCUGAACCUCCACGAGAUCUGCGCCGUCUGCUUGGAGGAGUUCAAGCCCAAGGACGAGCUGGGGAUCUGUCCGUGCAAACAUGCCUUCCACAGAAAGUGCCUCAUCAAAUGGCUGGAGGUGCGGAAAGUGUGCCCGCUCUGCAACAUGCCGGUGCUGCAGCUGGCCCAGCUGCACAGCAAGCAGGACCCCGGCCCCCCCCAGGGCCCCCUCCCGGGCGCGGAGAACCUCGUAUAGCUCCGCGCCCGCACGGACUUGCCCCGGCGCUGAGUGGGGGGGCCCCGGGCACCCGGAGAUGACAACCAAAGCACUACGGCACCAGCACGGAGCGAGGGCCGGGGACGGCGGAU